UUGAGAAAUGUCAAACAGUUGUCAAAACUGCCUUGCACAGGAGAAAAACCGUAAAUUUUGACAGUGUUGAAGAAUAAACUUGAUUUGUCAAUAUUUUUUGUGAAGGAAAGAAAGACGUCAUAUUACCUAUUGUCAAAAUGGUCCUUUCAGCAAUUUUUAUUUUGGAUUCAAAUGGAAUAGUCCUGAUGUCUCGAGACUAUCGCGGAGAUGUCGGUAAAGAACAAAUCGAGGAAUUUCUUCCUUUAUUAAACCAACAAGAAGAACUAGGAAAUUCAUCUCCGCUGCUGCACCACGACAAAGUUUCUUUUGCUUAUGUAAAACACGAGGGCUUGUAUAUAACAAGUGUAAUGAAGAACAACGCAAACAUUGCCCUAGUUUUCACUUUCUUAUACAAGUUUAUUCAAAUCGCGACUCAAUAUUUCAACAAACUCGAGGAAGAAAGCAUCCGCGACAACUUUGUGAUUCUGUACGAGUUGUUGGACGAGAUAAUGGACUUUGGCUACCCGCAAACCACCGAUUCGAAAAUUCUCCAAACGUACAUCUUCCAAGAGAGUUAUAAGCUGAAAAAGGCCCCAACAAUUCCCGCCGUGGUGACAAACGUGGUCUCGUGGCGGCCCGAAGGCAUAAAAUACCGGCGCAACGAGCUGUUUAUCGAUGUAAUCGAAUCGGUAAACUUAUCAGUGAAUUCCUCCGGCGCCAUCCUCCGAAACGAAGUCUCCGGUUGCGUAAAAAUGAAGGUACAUUUGUCCGGAAUGCCCCAAUUAAGAUUAGGCUUGAGCGACAAGAUUCUUCUGGCCAUCAAUUCGAGCGGCCAAGAAUCGGCCACUUUCGAAGACGUUAAGUUCCACCAAUGCGUCCAAUUAUCGCGGAUUUGCGAUAAAAACGUUUACUUCAUCCCACCUGAUGGCGACUUCGAGCUGAUGUCUUAUCGCAUGAAUACGGAGAUUAAGCCUUUGAUUUUGGUCAGGAGUAAAGUGGUCCAGGCGUCCACGAGCAGGAUAGAGUACACGGUCAAAGUCAGCGCACAGUUUAAGGCCUCCUCGACGGCGAAUAAUGUGGAAGUGACUUUGCCGGUUUGUCAGGAUGUUGAUUCGCCGGUUUUUAAGGCGACGGCAGGAAUGGCGAGCUAUGUCCCGGAAAAAGCGGCGGUGGUGUGGAAGAUCAAGUAUUUUCCGGGAGGGAGUGAGAACUUAUUGCACGUUUGUUUUAAACUUUCGACGAUACGAGGGGAAGAAAAGGACGACAAGAAACCCAUACAAGUUAAAUUUAUGAUUCCAUAUUUUACUAUUUCUGGCUUACAGAUUAAGUAUAUGAAAGUGAUUGAGAAGAGUAAUUAUAAGGCUUUAACUUGGGUAAGGUAUACUACUCAAAAUGGAGAAUAUCUAGUUUGUCUCAUUUAGCUAUAACCUCUAAUCUUGUAAGCUCUUGCAAUAAAAGAAAAUUAUAAAAACCUUCUU